AUGCAAAAUUGUAAUGGUAUAGAGACCCCUAUGGACGUAAAUUUAAAACUAGAAAAAGAUAACAAUGUGACUAGUACCAAUCCUUAUCAACAAUUGAUUGGAAGUCUCAUGUAUCUUUCCGUUCUAACGAGACCAGAUAUCUCAUACUCAGUUAGUUACCUAAGCCAGUUCAAUAACUGUAAUUCGGAAACGCAUUGGAAACAUGCAAGAAUAGUUCUGAGAUAUCUAAGUGCCACAAGAGAUUUUGGUUUGGUAUAUGUAAAAAACAAUUUAGAUCUAAUUGGCUUUGUAGAUGCUGAUUGGGGCUCAAAUUCUGUAGAUAGGAGUUCGUUUACUGGAUACUGUUUUUUGUACUCAGGUUGUGUAGUUUCUCACGAAUUUAGAAAGCAGCAAACAGUGGCGCUUUCCAGCACAAAAGCUGAAUACAUGGCUAUCUGUGAAGCCAGCAAGGAAGCAAUUUUUCUGAAAAAUCUGCUUACAGAUUUAAUUGUUAGCAAAAGUAGUACUAUUGAGCCAAUAAUAUUGUGUAAUGAUAGUCAGAGUGCCCAAAAAUUAACUGAUAACAGUAUGUAUCACAGACGGAGUAAACAUAUAGAUGUAAAAUUUCAUUUUAUAAGAGAAGCUGUUGAAAGAAAGUUAGUAAGGUUCGAAUACUUGAAUACAUUAGAAAUGCCAGCUGAUAUUUUUACUAAGAGUCUGUGUAAAGUUAAGCAUCACAAAUUUAUGGAAAAAAUAGGCAUUGUUGAAUUGAAGUAG